GUCGAGUAUGGCGUUACUACGGUAGUCAAGUGAAAUGUCAAAAUUGCGGAACGUGAGUAUAUACACAUUCGAUUAAUGCUCGAUCUAUCUAAAAUUCUAGAAAGUUUUCGACGUAACGACAUCAUAUCAAGUAAUUUUAACCAACGCAUUACAGUGAAUUUUAUUAGCACUGUAUAUAAUAAUAGAAUCGAAGAAAUAAUUUAUAGUAAGAAGAAUAUUAGAGCACUUAUAAUAAAUUGUGAGAUGUUUGUGCAUUACCAGCUGAUAGGUUUUGAUGUAUUUGACAGCAGUGUAUAAUUGCAUAAUUGUGUAUAGUGUGCUCUAAUGAACAAUUGUAUGUGAUUUAAUAAAAAAAGGCCAUACAGGAUGGCAGAACUGAAUGAUAUAUAUCAUUCAGAUCAAAACCUUGGUCCAGAGAAACUUAUUGAUCUCUGCUUCAAACUAAUUUGUGACAAACUUGAUAUCAUUUCAAUCAAAGAUAAACAUGGUCAUCGUAUUCUACGCAAAGGACUUGCUUUUCCUGCAGAAAUAUGUCACAAAUUUAUAGAACAUAUGCAACGAAGUAAAAAAGGAGGGAGCGAUGAUUGGUUCAUCUCUAUGUUCAAAGAUACAACAGCAACCAGACUAAAACGUGUUAAAAUAAUAAAUUGUAAUUUGACGGAUGCUUCUGUUCAAAUAUUAAUGAAGCACAAACUUACUGACCUAGAACUCACCAAUUGCUGUGACUUAACAGAACUUUCUAUUGAACACGUGAACGCCAAUUCUGAAAACUUACGUAGUCUGGUAUUUCAUGGAGUUUCAAUAGCCCUACCAAUAAGACUUGCUGCAGAUGAGAACUCUUCUAUUUACUACAAACGUGGCUAUGUAUUUAAAACACCAAAUUUAAGACGUUUAGCAUUAGGAUAUGUUGGUAUUCCUGAAAAGGAAUAUAAUUUACUUUUGGCAGGAUUAACUAAUUUAACUCAUUUAGAUUUAUCUAAUUAUUUUCAAGGAUUGAACUUUGAUUUUUAUGAUCAAGUUCCAAAUUUGUUAUCGUUAACAUUGUACAAUGUAAAGGUUAAUGGUGAUCCGAUAGCAUUUGUUAAUAACAUAUGCCAUUUGAAAAAACUUAGGCACUUGGACAUUUCACAAUCCAAUUUCAAACAUGGACAAUUUGAGCAUCCUAACAGAAUUUUAAGACGUAUAGUAACUGGAUUGCCUGAAUUAGUUUCUCUAGAUAUUGGAGGCACUAAUCUUGCUGGAAGAGGAGUUGCCGAAAGACCCCUUGAAACAGUUUUAGAAGAUUUGGCAAAUAAUGCUCUUUGUGACAUACCUGGUCUUGCAUCUAGAAUCAAUAACCCAUUACAAUUUUUAGGUCUUUAUGGAACUGCUCAUGCAGCUUGUAAAAGACAUGAUAUACCAGCAAAAGUGAUAGCAGGAGAUGCAAAUGAAGAUCAAAUAUUAAUAGCGGCUCAUGUUUGCAUGAACAACAAACCAGAAUUAUUACAAAAAGUAUUGAGUGAUCUCUAUCAUGUAUUCAGAUAUGAAAAUUGUCAAAGAAUGGAUCAAGCACUUCAUACUGUAUUAGAAGCGAUGGAAAAGCAUUCAUAUCAUAAACACAUACAGAUAUCUGGAAGUGCUACUUUAUUUUACAUAGUAAAGAUGAAAGAGAAAGGAGAUCUAGUUGUAGGUGUUAGGAAAAGAAUUAUUAACACUUUAUUAACAGGAAUGAGUCUUCAUAGAGACGAAGAAAUUAUGAUGCGCAAUGGUUGUUUGGCACUAUGUCAAUUUCGCAUACCGCAAGAUGUAAUGUUUAACUAUGAAGCAUUAGUAAAAGUGCUCUUACAUUCUGCUAAACAUGCAGAGCCAGAAGGAUUCGUACAACGUAUCGGAAUAUAUUUAUUAAACUCUCUAGCUUGUCAAGUUGAGGGAAAAGAGAAGUGUCUUUUAGGCAAAUUAGGUUGUGUUAAAACGAUGCUUGAAUUAGUCGAAUAUAGAGUUGUAUCUGGAAUAUUUGAUGAUGUCUUAGAAGUUGCAUGGUCAACAAUGUGGAAUAUGACUGAUGAAACGGCUAUAAAUUGCCAACGAUUUUUAGAUGAAAAAGGAAUGGUACUAUUUCUGAAAUGCGUAGAACAAUAUCCAGGUAAAGAAGAAUUACUAAGAAACAUGAUGGGUUUGCUUGGUAAUGUUGCUGAAGUAAGCUAUUUGAGAGUGCAUCUUAUGCAACAUCAAUAUGUAUGUGUUUUUGCCAACUUAUUAUGCUCCAAUAGUGAUGGCAUUGAGGUAUCUUAUAAUGCAACUGGUAUACUUGCACAUAUGGCAUCCGAUGGUGUUGAAGCUUGGACACUUGAUAAACCAAGUCGAGAUGAAGUUUUAGAUUUUAUGGUCCAAGCUAUUGAAAGAUGGGAUUUAUCAGCAGAACGUAAUAUCAAUUAUCGUUCAUUUUUACCCCUCUUACGUUUACUGGAUGUAUACCACACUCCGGAAUGUCAGCACUGGGCUGUGUGGGCACUCGCAAAUUUAACUAAUGUUUAUCCACACAAAUAUUGUUCGUUAGUUAUAAAAGAAGGAGGAAUAGAAAAAUUGAAUGCUCUUAAAGCUCAUCAAAGGCCAUACGAACGUAUCAAAGAACUUGCAACAAUUGUAAUAGAAAAUUGCUGUCAAGAUAGCAGUCAUUCCAAUGAUGGGAAUUAUCUUCAAGCACAUUCAGAUGCUGAAUAUAGUCUUGAUGGUUAAAAAAGAAGAAAGAAAGCAGAAAAUUGUCAUUAAUAUUUGAUUCAUGUGCAACUCAUUAUUGAAUACAGAAUGUUCACAUCCGUAGUAUAUAAAGAUUUAAAACUAACAAAAUAUUGAUGAAAGUGUGUGGUGAUUUUAUAUCUAUAGUAACUAUCAUAAAAGAAAGAAAGAAAGAAAAAAAUAUGAGACGUUAGCUUUAUCCCUGAGAUUUUCUGAAAGGUAAUAUGUAAAAAGAAAAAGAACAAAAUUUCCGCCUCCAUUCCCCCUCGAAACAAACAACAAAUAAUUGCUUAAAUAUAGCAAAACAUGUUUUAAAGGUACGCUGUGAUGAUAUUAUAUUAUACAGCGCGUUGUUGAUUCGUUAGUGGUAAUCCAAAUAUUUAUAGUCUUUAUUAUUAAUAUUUACUAUAUUAAUAAUCAACCAUUAAAAUCAGAAAUUAUUUUUAUCAAUGUAAAUAGCUAUAUCCUGUAUCAUAAAUUGAAUCUCCGAGAUAAAAAUGAUUGUGACAUGAUCAUAUAACAUUUCUAUUUUUUUUGUUUAAUAAAUAUUAGAUCUCGUAUAAACUGUGUUUAACAGUUGGCAUUGUUUUAUGUCAUUCAAUACUUUAGCUUUGAUUAUUUAGCUACUGAAAUAUUGUCUACAAGUACUACUGUCUAGAUAUUAUUUAUUACAAAUAAUUUGGAUAAAUAAAAAAAACUUAAUAAUGAUACAGCGUGUCAAUAUAUAUCACACUGUAAAUAGAGUUGAUGUGCACAGAGAGUUUGAGUGAAAUAGAUUUAUAUGUUUUUGUAAAUUAUCGUUAUGAAACUUACAAUAACAAAAAUAGAAAAAAGAAAAUGUUCUCAUACUGCUGAGAUCAAUUGCUUAAUUUAAAUUGUUUAUUAUCAAUAUAGAAAUACACGUAAUUCUAAGUACAUAUGUAUACAUGCAUAUUUUCCAUGCUAAAAUGAUAAUUAGACAACCUAUUUCUACAAUAAGCAUUAAAAUGAUGAUAUAAAUGUAUAAUGAAUGUGAGAAUAAUUUUUGAACUAUUCUGUGUAUAAUAUAAGUUCAUAUGAGACUGA